AGCCUGCCCUCCGCCCGCUGCAGCCUCCCCUCCCCGCCCGCCUCCUGCACACCCCGCACACUGCGAUGUAGGGGCUCGUCCUUCUUAUUUUUUUAUCGUUUCUCGCCGAAGAUGGUUUAAUUUUAUUUUUUUUUUAAAUGCAUUCCUAUUAUUUAUUAAUCCCUCCCCACCGUAAGCCUGCCCAGCCUUCCGCCGGCUGGGCCGGAGCGUAAAGCCUGGGACCGCACCUGGGGCGAUGAGCCCCGCACUGAAGAAGCCUCCCAGAGGGAUGCGCCGGGGCCGCGCAGCAGCCUAGAGCCGAGCCCGGAGCUCCCAGCGCCGCCGGUCCCCGCUCCCUCGUCCCCUCCGCCCGCCUCUGCUGCUCCCCGACCCCGCGGGACCCCGGACCCGAGCCUGCGCCGCGCUCCGGAGAGCUCCGCCGGGGGCAGAGCCCCGAGCCCGAGGAGAGACGGGGCGGCCGUGCUAGAUGCAUGGGGGAGGGCUCCGCUUAAUGCAAGUUCUGGGCUCCUGCAGGGACCCCGACAACUGUCAGCAGCAGCAGCAACUCGGGGCCUCCUCCUCCGCUUCCUCAGCGAUGCUUUUCCACAGCCUGUCCGGCUCGGAGAUGCACGGGGUCAUCGACGAGAUGGAUCGCAGAACCAAAAGCGAAGCACCGGCCAUCAGCUCGGCUAUAGACAGGGGAGAGACCGAAACGGUAGGAGGCGAAGGAGUGGGAGUCAUUCAACCCCCUAAACGUAACGAACCCCUCAAAAACACAGCUUUUCCUUUAAAAUAGCAGGUCGGGGGGAAACGUAUGCAAAAUACUAAAUCGGAAGAAAAUUAAGCAUAAAGACACCCGCAAAAGGUCGAGUAAAACCACGGGGAAAGGCAUGAAACUGUUAAUUAUUAAUAAUAUGCAUAGUAAUAGUAACGCUUGGGUGGAAGGAGCGGUGCUGCUCUUGCGAGAAAACAGAAAGCUAGACCAGCCUUUUGGUAGCGUCCAAGAACGCCUUCCCUUCCCCCAGCCCGGCCGGCCUUCUAAAGUUUUUAGGGAGAGGCAAAGUAUGCUUUUAUACAGAUAACGCUCUGGCACAGCGAGAUUUUUCUCUGCGGAAUGGAAACACAAACAACAAAGAAUCCGAUUCGGUGUUGUUUUUCAGGUGGGAUGUCCACGCUGAGGUAGUUGUUAUAGCACUAAGUAAAAAAAAAAUAAAAUAAAAUAAAAGGAAAACUAAAACUCGAGCAUCUUUAAAUUAUGAUUUUUUUCGUAAUAGAAAGAUACGUGAACACUGGAUUUGCAAACACGGCAAACGGAUUUAGAGGAUGUGUUUCAGGGAGACAGACGGAUGCAAAUUUUUAUAACUUUACUGCUUUUAUCUUAUGUCUGCUAACGCGCAGUACUUGUAUUUUAAUACAUUUAGAUAAUAAAAAGAUGAAUCUUUCAAAGCAGAGUUAAGCCAGCGAAGUGGAAGAGAUUUCUGAAGUGUAUUAACUGAAUCAACAUUUUCUGUGUACUGCUUUUGUUUUGGUUUGGUUUGUUUUUUUUUGGUUAAGAAACGAUAAUUCUGGGGAGAAAUGAUCCCAUAUUUUGGUAAUGCUGUCUUUUAAGCUGAUAUGGGCAUGUGCAAGAAAGAUAUCUGUGCUUGGUUUUUAAAACUUCAACAAUAGGUGUUACUUCUCUAAAUGCUAUGGAGAAAUUUACUUAAAAGUGACAGUGAGAUUAUUUAAUCCUGAAAUACUGGCUGAAAAUAAACCUUUCAGCUAGAAGGGCUGAAUGUGAUUUCUAAUCAAAGCAGUUUGGGUUUUCUUUGGAAAAGUUAAUAUUUCUGUGUAAAAUUAAACAACAUCAAGUUAUCUUUCCUGGAGUAAUUCUGUGUCAUGAUACCUUUAUAUAUCUACAUAGAAAUUAUUUGCAUGCACACGUGUAUAGAAUGAGCAGUGAGAUAGGAUACUAGAUCCUUAAAUGCCAUUUCUGGAUAUCAGAAUAUUUUUGUUACUGGUAAAGCAGAAAAAAAUCGUGUUUUGUUUAAAGUGGAUUUAUAAAGAACUACUUUGGUUAUAAAACGAUCCCUAAUCAGAGUUCAGUUAAUGCCUUAAAGACCUAAGCUACCAGUGGACUUGUGUGGCUCCCAUACCGCUCUAGUGCCAUAAUUUUAUUUGUACGUACUGCUGGUAGUGGAAAUGCUGUCGUGCAAACAGUAGUGCUCGUAGUGCUGGGGGUUGGUGAUCUCUGCAAGUGCUGGAUGAAAGUAAUCCGUCAGCAUGUGCUGGAAACACAGCUUCAUUUUCUUUCAGUUCUUCCCGUUAGCUGUCUUCCCUCUCCUUGCUUUGCGCAAGGACUUAAGGCUCUAGAGGAGGUAAAAGUAAACACGCGGCUUCCCCCCGCCCCGAGUGGGAGCUCUGCGGCUCCGGCACGUCUGCAGGACGGCAGCUCCGGCCCCAGCACCAACGUGCGGGCUGGCUUCGAGCAGUGCCAUGCUGACAAGUUUGGGACGAAGUGGACAGCAGCGCAGUGCCAGAGCAUGCCGUCCAUCAGCAGUGACCGCGCUGCCCUGUGCGCCGGCUGCGGGGGGAAGAUCUCGGACCGCUACUACCUGCUGGCCGUGGACAAGCAGUGGCACAUGCGCUGCCUCAAGUGCUGCGAGUGCAAGCUCAACCUGGAGUCCGAGCUCACCUGCUUCAGCAAGGACGGCAGCAUUUACUGCAAGGAGGAUUACUACAGGAGGUUUUCGGUGCAGAGAUGCGCGAGGUGUCACCUGGGGAUUUCUGCCUCCGAAAUGGUCAUGAGGGCCAGGGAUUUGGUAUAUCACUUAAACUGCUUCACUUGCACCACCUGCAACAAGAUGCUGACCACCGGCGACCACUUUGGCAUGAAGGACAAUCUGGUGUACUGCCGCCUCCAUUUCGAGACUCUCAUCCAGGGGGAGUACCAGGUGCAUUUCAAUCACUCGGAUGUAGCCGCUGGGAAGGGCCCAGCACUGGGAGCGGGCUCUGCCAGUACUUUGGGACUGCCUUAUUACAACGGCGUGGGGACUGUCCAGAAGGGGAGACCCAGGAAAAGGAAGAGCCCGGGGCCUGGGGCAGACCUGGCAGCGUACAACGCAGCUUUAAGCUGCAAUGAAAACGAUGGUGACCACCUGGAUAGAGACCAGCAAUACCCCAGCAAUCAGAAAACAAAGCGCAUGAGGACAUCAUUCAAACACCACCAGUUGCGGACAAUGAAGUCAUACUUUGCUAUUAACCACAAUCCUGACGCCAAGGACUUGAAACAGCUAGCUCAGAAAACCGGCCUGACCAAAAGAGUUCUUCAGUGCUGAAGACCAGAUUCCUAAUUGUGUAAUUGAUGUGAGAUAAGUCCUUCUGGAACAAUUCUUUCAGUUAUGUAUAUUUGGGUUAUUAUUUCUUUACUUGAAUGUAAUACUGUUACAGGUGCAGGGCCCGAAUUGCCAGUGUGCACACAGAGCACUACCGCCAUUAUGCACGGGACAGCUGCCCUGGCUCUUGCACGCUCGUUUGCACAGCUAUACGCGACGACGCAGGGCAGUAGCAAAUCAAGUUGGCAUUCCUGCAACUCAGAAAACAAUAGUUUUAAUUCUUUCAUUACUCUUCAACGUUAAGUCUUUCCUAAUACUGUCAUAUCUUCAGUGCAUACCAGAAUAUCACUAUUGCAAUAAUUAUUUUGUUAUUCAUUUCUACCAUAAAACAUGGCAUUUUCUGAAUUUUAGUCAACAAAUAUUUAGAUGCCUUUUCAGUAAUAUUACAAAUAUUUACUAGUGGACAACUUCAGAGAGCUCUGUAGCCAUCAGCUGAUUAACCUUGACAAUAUCUCAACUGAACUUGAGGUUUUGUCUGUUUUAAUUAUGCUGGAACUAUGGAACAUGUCAACAGUGGCAGUCUCUAAACUUAAACUUCAUAUAUAUGAUUCUUUUUACAAUUUCUAGAAGGUAUAUAUUAAAAAAUUGAAGCCAAAUUUCUUCAUUUGUGGGAUAAAUAUAAUUAUCUCUUACUGAAAGGUAAACUAAUCCCAAAAGUGUUAAAAUUGCUGUUUUCUACCAUUCCUACUAAUUGGCACUUGAGACUUUGUAGCUUGAAUGCCCAGAACAAACUAAUUUGCUUCACCUGCACGCCUGGCACACGAGGCUCCUCACCUUGCUCAGAAGCAUGCACAGACACUUCCACCACUCCUUUCUUGCAGGGCUCUGGAUGAACAGUCAUGCGAGGGGAAGACACUGCCUUUAAAUGUUUCAGGCAAAAAUACUACAAUAGUGUUUUUUUUUCAGUUUUGAUCACAUCACAGGUUUACCAUUAUAAUGGACUGUGUUAUAAAAUAAUUAAUAUAUUUUUGCAGUGCUAGUUUAGGAGAAGGUUUCUGUUUUCUUUGUGUAUAUGAAACCAAUAUAUACCCUUUAAACAAAAUGUUUUAAUAGGGGAGCACCAACAUAAACUGAAGCAAGGACCUGUAGGGAUGUGAGUAAUGAAUGCAGCUCCCAUGGCCACUGCUAGAAUUUGUGCCUGAGGAUCAUUUCCUUGUGGCAUUCCCAGGAGAGAGUGUAAGAGAGAGUGUGUGUGCUUACAGACCCUUGGCUGGGAAAGAAAGCUUUCCAGAGGAAAAGGAGGAGUGCUCAAUAGGGGGAACUCGGGGCUGGACCAUCCAUAGAUGAGAAGAAAGCCAGUCAGAGGAAAAAUGGUUUGAGACAUCUUCAUCAAUUCUAACUGCAGCUGGCAAGUUGAGGGGAAAGAGGAGACUUCACAGGACUGCAUCACAUUUCCGUGCCACUCCUCUGCCGGCAGCCUGGCCUGAAGUGGAUCCUGCGGCAGGGGCUGUGCAGGUUCAGAGUUAGAGGUCAGGAUUUCUGUAAAGGAUGCUGUGACCACACAGCAGCCUCGUGAGCUCUGCACACUCACUUUCCCUGUAUGGGCCACAGAGGAGAAAUCUGAUGGACUGAGGCUGGGCAGGUACUUUGACUCGGCUCCUUUCUCUGACAGAUACAGAGAUGAUGAAGUUCAUUGCACCCGGAAUGGAAAGACUUGGUCCUAUCCCUUGUAACAGGUCAACGUGAGAGCAGUUGGAUCAGGAUUGAGUCAAUUGUAAAGAAUGUAACAAUGUCAGAAGGCCUUCUGAUAAGAAAGCACAGUGAAAUUUCAGCUAGUUGUAUCAGCAAAAUGAGCUGGCAUCACCAUAUAGCAGGUUGAACACAGGGUAUUAAUGGCAUUUUCAAAUUUAACCAGAGUAAUAUUCUGUACCUACAGUUCAUACAAGUUUCACAAAUAAAUUUUAUUGUAUCUAUUUUCAAAUAGGUCAGAAAAAUAUUGUAUCUUUAAACAAAUCCUGUAAACAGUAGAGAACAUUUUUAGCUUGGACCUAAACUGAAAUUUAACUGAAAAAGCAGUAGUCAUAGCUUUUGUCCUAUGAUUAGUUAGUGACUAGUUAGAUAAUAAAUAAUGCAAGAGGUAGAAAUCAUGGAAACAUUAUUGCGGUAUGCAGCUAUCAUUUCUUCUGAAAUUACAUUUUUUAAUGCAAUAUGGGCUUUUAAUACCAUUUGAGCCUCUUUUUCCAACAUCAUUCCAGGACUGAAAAAAUAUAAAAUGAGACUGGCAUAGGAGCUGAAUCAUUUGAGAAAGAAGAGUAAGAAAGAGGGACAGUCUUUUUUGAAAAGUGAGAGCACUGCUGAGACAAGACAUGAGAAAGUUCCCGAGGGAGCCCUCUGAGCCCGCAGGAAGGCAGGGUGCUGUGCUGUGUCGCCUUCUGCACACAAUGGGAGAUGGACCUGAGAUACCAGGGUGCUGAAACUCGCUAGUAUGUGUUCAUCAGAUGCUUGAUUUAUAUCUUGUCCUGACAAGUACUUCUGGGAGUGAGGGCAGUCGAGGAUUCUCAGGGGCCGCCAAAUUUGUAGGCAUCUUUAUACACAGCCAGCACUGAAUGACUCCCUCCUGUCCCAAGCAGACUGUUUACACAGAGAAUUGCAGGAGAGGGAAAGAGGAAUGCUUCAUAGGCAUGCAGAGGACACUUUUCAUGAUUGGGGCUACUUUUUUAACAUGUUACCAUAAAACAUCUUCACCAGUUCAAGCUUUGAUGAAUUUGUGAGUUUGCUUUUGCUUUUCUAAACACUGCAGCUCUUUAAAUGCUACCCUGUUAUAUUAAACUA